GCCGCCGCCGCCCCGGCGCCCGCCGCCGCCUCCUUGGCCACCCCCGAGCUGGGCAGCGGCCUGAAGAAGAAGAAGCGGCUGUCGCAGUCAGACGAGGACGUCAUCCGGCUCAUCGGGCAGCACCUGAACGGCCUGGGGCUCAACCAGACUGUUGAUCUCCUCAUGCAAGAGUCAGGGUGUCGUUUAGAACAUCCUUCUGCCACCAAAUUCCGCAAUCAUGUCAUGGAAGGAGACUGGGAUAAGGCAGAAAAUGACCUGAAUGAACUAAAGCCUUUAGUGCAUUCUCCUCAUGCUAUUGUGGUAAGAGGCGCACUUGAAAUCUCUCAAACGUUGUUGGGAAUAAUUGUGAGGAUGAAGUUUCUGCUGCUGCAGCAGAAGUAUCUGGAAUACCUGGAGGAUGGCAAGGUGCUGGAGGCACUUCAGGUUCUGCGCUGUGAACUGACGCCCCUGAAGUACAACACAGAACGCAUCCAUGUUCUUAGUGGGUAUCUGAUGUGUAGCCAUGCAGAAGACCUGCGAGCAAAAGCGGAAUGGGAAGGCAAAGGGACAGCUUCCCGAUCAAAACUAUUGGACAAACUUCAGACCUAUUUACCACCGUCAGUGAUGCUUCCCCCACGGCGUUUACAGACUCUCCUGCGACAGGCAGUGGAACUGCAAAGGGACCGGUGCCUGUACCAUAACACCAAGCUCGACAGCAACCUCGAUUCUGUGUCUCUCCUCAUAGAUCAUGUCUGCAGUAGGAGGCAGUUCCCCUGUUACACUCAGCAGAUACUCACGGAGCAUUGUAACGAAGUGUGGUUCUGUAAAUUCUCUAACGAUGGCACUAAACUAGCAACAGGUUCGAAAGACACAACAGUUAUCAUAUGGCAAGUUGAUCCGGAUACACACCUGCUAAAACUGCUUAAAACAUUAGAAGGACAUGCUUAUGGAGUUUCUUAUAUUGCAUGGAGUCCAGAUGACAACUAUCUUGUUGCUUGUGGCCCAGAUGACUGCUCAGAACUUUGGCUUUGGAAUGUACAAACGGGAGAACUGCGGACAAAAAUGAGCCAGUCUCAUGAAGACAGUCUAACAAGUGUGGCUUGGAACCCUGACGGGAAGCGCUUUGUGACAGGCGGUCAGCGCGGGCAGUUCUAUCAGUGUGACUUGGACGGGAACCUCCUGGACUCCUGGGAAGGAGUGCGUGUGCAAUGCCUUUGGUGCCUGAGUGAUGGGAAGACCGUCCUGGCAUCCGACACACACCAGCGGAUUCGGGGGUACAACUUCGAGGACCUUACAGAUAGGAACAUAGUACAAGAAGAUCAUCCUAUUAUGUCUUUUACCAUUUCAAAAAAUGGCCGAUUAGCUUUGUUAAAUGUAGCAACUCAGGGAGUUCAUUUAUGGGACUUGCAAGACAGAGUUUUAGUAAGAAAGUAUCAAGGUGUUACACAAGGGUUUUACACGAUUCAUUCAUGCUUUGGAGGCCAUAAUGAAGAUUUCAUUGCAAGUGGGAGCGAAGAUCACAAGGUUUACAUCUGGCACAAACGUAGUGAACUGCCAAUUGCGGAACUGACAGGGCACACGCGCACAGUGAACUGCGUGAGCUGGAACCCACAAAUCCCAUUCAUGAUGGCCAGCGCCUCUGACGAUGGCACCGUUAGGAUAUGGGGGCCAGCCCCCUUUCUAGACCACCAGAAUAUUGAAGAGGAAUGCAGUAGCAUGGAUAGUUGAUGGUGAAUUGGAGCCCACGACUUCUGUUUAACUUAAAAUUAGUCGUAUUUUAAUGGCUUGGGAUUUGGUGCAAACAAACAUGAUUGAUAGCUGGACAGACAUGCUCGUCAUGAAAAAAGAACCAUUUCUGAAGCCCGCCUGGGGCCAAACAUUUCCACCUUGCUUCAUAGUAACCAGUUGAGAUGAAGCGCAUCGUAGAGCGCUGUGGACACCACGUUGAGUACCCCACCGGUUGUGAAGGACUGUGCUCCAUUCAGGCUCACCACUGACUCAGUAUAUAUUUUUCCCUCCUGCCUUUUGUCUGGCAGGACACCAUUCUUGUUGCUCUUCUGUGUAAUGAAGUUUAAAUGCUUGUUUGGAAAACUUUAUUUAACAGUUUAGAAGGCUGGAUAGGAGUGCAUUAGUCUGAAGAGUACAUUGGAUAGGAAAGAAUUUCUUCCUUUUGUUUCUCAGUCUUUCCGCCUUACUUAGCUUGAGAUCUUUGCAGCUUGGUUCAUGGAUUCUAGCCUUGCCCGUUGCGCAGUAUAUACUGAUCCAGAUGAAAAACCAGUGAACUAUGUCAAAAGCACUCUCAAUAUUACAUUUGACAAAAAGUUUUGUACUUUUCACAUAGCUUGUUGCCCCGUAAAAGGGUUAACAGCACAAUUUUUUAAAAAUAAAUUAAGAAGUAUUUAUAGGAUUAAAGUGACUUCAUUUGUAUACAUUUGGAAUCUAAACCAGCUUAAAAACAGUUCCCUCUACAACUUAAAUGUGCUGCAUAACUGAUGCGCUUCUGGAAUUCCACAUGAGACAGAGGCAGACAGUGCUUGGAAGGAUGUGACACAGGGCAUUUGUAGUCAUCUUUGAAGGUCCCCCCCCCUUUUGUUUUCUUCCCAAUGGAGUAUCCUUAUCUGAUGGUGAAGAAAUUCAUGUUUCAAAAAGAAAAUUUUAAAUGUACCUACAUGAGAAGUCAGUAGUUAAUGUUUUCAAAAAGGUUGUGUCACGUUGUUUUCAGUUUGAAGAGUCAUUUUGGUGUGAUCCAGCAAAAAAGAAAUCAGAUACAAAAGUUCAUAGCUUACAUAUCGAUGUUAGAAGAACUCAGUAGAUUACAAACAUUAAAACUGGGAUUAAAACCUAGUCCUUUCCCACACUUGCCCUUAAUAUUCUGACACAGGGAUACAUGAAUUGAAGACUAUCCUCCUCAGUUCUUUAGACGUUGCCAUACUGAGCCUCAUUACCCACUGGUGCUUUGUGGGGUCGUCUUUCCCGCGCUGGUUUCCUUCAUGGAAGAGAACGUUUUCUUUUCGAGAAUUUCACAUUCAAAGUAAGUCAGCAGCCUGAUUGCACAUUGUGAUUUUAGCCCCGGAGAGCCGAGUCCAGUCCAGGCUCCCGAGAAGCCCUGCUGCUCAUCAGGAGGAGCCUCACAGGUCCCGCAGCCGUUUCCUUGGCAUGAUGAGUGCGGUGCCCCCAAAAUGAGGUUCUUCUGCGGAAGGACUUGGGGUACUCUGAUCCCCUCGAGGCCUGGCCCAGUGUGACCAGUCACACAGCUGGGACUCAGACUCUUCCAAGGAUCAGAAGCAAGGACAAAGGGGGAGUCACUGAAGGGAGAAGGAAGAAAAACACAUUUGGCCUUAAAAUAACGGGCGUUCUUGCAGAAGCCGUAGCGAGAGAAAAUGACACAUUGGUCAGAUGAUUUUAUCAAGUUGGUAUAUGAACUCAUAUUACUUUAAGCUCCAUUUUGCAGAGACCACCACUUAGAGAAUCAGUUCCUCUUUUGAUACUUCUAAGUUAACUAUAUGUUACCGUUUAUCUGGUACUUAAAUUUUCUUGACUAAAACUACUUUUUACUUUAAGCUUGAAUAAAAAUCUUCAUUGGUAACUAUAUACAAUUAAAUGGCAACUUGUCUUUACCUCAGUACAGUUGGAGCCAUUGAUUCCUGCGUGCCCUCCAGCCAUCAGUGAGUCCACCUGUCCACGCUUCCAGGGCCUUCCAGGGGUUAGCGCGUGGUAGCAGGGUGCUUUGCACGUUGUGAUGCCACUGAGCUCGGUGUCCCUGCAGCGUGACCUGCACCGCGCCCCCAGAGAUCCAAGUUUGCAGUGUUUCUGCAGUAUAGCUAGGAGUACUUGAGAGUAGGUAAGGCGAGGCACAGUCCCCAGAGCACAGCUCCUGCUGACAUGGAGUGACAGCUACGCAAAGGCAUCCAUAGCAGCUAGGCUAGUUGGCGGCUUCUAAUACACUGGUGUUUUGCUGUGCCAACUUGCCGUAAACGUCGGUUUCCUACAUUUGCCACGCAGGGACUGCUAGAAAGUUAGAAAAGAGAUGAAGAAACCUAGGACUUUGUGAUGCAGCAGCCUGAUAGCAGGACUUUCUAACUAGUAGAAAUCACUGAACGCUUGCAGUAAUGUUGUAGACUAUCAUAGGUUUAAGAAAGAGUAUACUAUCAAACUAGCUACAAGAUACUAACAAAUGUCAAAAUUGAAAAGUACCAAUACUUUUUGCACAUAGCUCAAAGUAGAUUGGAGAAUUUUUGGCUCCAAAAAUCAGGUUAGUAGGCUCAUUUCCAUGUGCUUAAAAAAUGUUUUUGUUACUAUGUUUUAAGGGCUAGAGCAAGAAUGAAGUUAAAUAUACUUUUCUCAGAGUAAUUGGUUGCUAAUGGUCAGAUGUUAGAUUGGGGGACUGAUAUCAGUGUGUGGGUGGUGACAUAGGAUUAGGAGUUGGGAGGACAAAAAGCUUCUGUUUGGUUUUUGUACGUUAUUAAUAUUCAUGCCAGCUACGUUUCUGUUGCUCUUAUUUUGGCUGUAUAAAUGGGUUAUAUUGAUCCAGGUAAGUAGUUUAAGCAGAGGAAAUUUUAUUUGAAAAUAUCCCCUCAAAUUGACCAUUUUAUUUACUGGGUGGGAGGACAGAAAAGGGAUUCCCUAACUGAUUAAAAUAACCUGCUAAUGGGAAGAAAAAAAGAAGUGUCGUCAAUAUUGGCCUGAAAAGAAACAGGAAGUAGUAAAGUGAUUUUAUUGUUAGGAGUAUUCUGCCUCGAGAGUGGCGUUCCGUGACAUUAAUAGAAACCCUUCUGUCCCACCCUCCCCAUCUUGGAAUUUUCUUUUCUAGGAUGUUGCCUCCUGCAAGCCAGCCCUGACCCUGGCUGCCCGUGGGUCACUAGCGCACAUCUGCAGGAAAGUGUCCCUGUCACUUUCACAGCAGAAGAAUGGCUGCUUUUGAAUGGGGAGAAGACAUUUAUCUUAAUAUCCUUUUGUCCCAUUUCUAAAAUGUGUAACUACCCUGGUUUCUCAUUUAGACUUCAGCAGCUCUCCUUCUCGGUUGCUACCCAGAACAUUACUAAAUUUCAGAAACCAUAGUUAUUUUAAUAUAUAAACUGCUAACUUUAUGAGAAGAGAAUUAGAAUUUACACUUGGACACUUUCUAAAAACAGGGUGAACGUAAUUAAAAAUCUUCAGUGUUCUUAAGCUAUUGUUUUAGUAGCUGCCCUAUAGUUGAAAAAGCAAAAUCUGUAAGAAUCUUUCCCUUAGCUACUUAGUCCAGAUAGCCUGGAUUAACAAAGCUACUAGCUGCGUGUGUGUGUGUGUGUGUGUGUGUGUGUGUGUGCUGUAUGUGUGGGAGAGAGUACUUGGUUCAUAGGAAGUCUUCACCCAGCUGUUCUGGGGUCUUGUCUGCCUUCCUCCACUUUGUGCACAGGUGAAGUGCCCUCUCUUGCAUUUAAGGUUUGGUUAAUACUGAUAUAUUUUUAUAAGAUUCAAAUUGUGUCCCCAUCUUUAACUUAAAAUGUUGUCAGGGUCACAGUGCUAGAACUGAAUCAUAACAUUUUUAGGCACAAAUGGAAAAACUGUUACUGGCCUCUUGAAAGUGUGUGGGGAGGGAACAGCUCACAGAAGCAUGUAGGGACUUGCAAACCAAGCUGUAGAGAUCAGGAGAACAGUCUUUCGAUCUCAAGAUUUCAGACUUGUCACAAUUUACAUGGCAUUGUGGUGGAACUAGUUAACACUUAGAGCUUUUGGUAUAUAAUUACUAUUUGCUAUGGACUGAUUAAAUGUUUCAAAGGAUUGUGUUCUUAAAUUUUGGAUUUUUUUUAACUGCCUCAGAUUAUAUUUAGUAGUUUAAAUUUCGCUUUAUUUCAUUAAAGUAUAAAACCUUCAGGCCUCUGAUAUUUAUUUUCACUUGCUCUAAUUAUUUACAAAACACCCUUUUGUUGACUUCUGUUUUAUAAAUCUGCAGUAUGUUACAUGUCUUUACAGUUUUUGUUCAGUUGAAACUACAUUACUUUGAUUUGCAUUACUGAGAUUUUUUUUUAAUGAGCUUUUCCCGUAUCAGUGCCCAGCACUUAGCCCAUCUUCAUUUUCCUUUUCUUUCAGUCCAAUAAACAGAGUGAAUUCCUGA